AGAAUUUCCCCAGAUUUUUUCUCUCAUAGCGCCCUUACCCGCCUGCCCGCGCUGCCUGGCAGCCUGCGUCCCCUUUCCGUAGAUGAACGGAGCUGGAAACGAUUUUGCACCGAGAAACUUUCAACCAUCAACACAUUUACAUCAUAAUACAUUUAUCGUUCACAUACAUCUACAUGAUUUCGUGCAUAUUCAUGUGGAUGCGGCUACUCUUAAUAAGACAUGGCCAAAGCAAAAGGAUCCGGCACUAUUCCGAACCGGCCUAUCUAUUCCCGAAUAUCCUAUCUCUACCAGGCAGCCGCAUACCUAGCCAAUCACCCUAAAACGAAUGAGUCUAGCGUUGUAGCACAUAGUCCUAGCUGUCUAGAAGGUGCUGAAGAUGAGACAAUAGCAGCAGCAACAACUAAAACCGGAACAAAAACAGCAGUGACAGCGGAACAAGACAAGCAAACACCACCCAUGACUCAUGCUAAUCGCGCACUGUCACGACGCUUCGUCACUGAUCUUCGGGCAGCAUCUUUGAAGAGUCAAAUCCGUCUAUCCCCUACCAUGAAGCAUACUAUUUGCAAAUUCUGCGAUAGCUUACUCAUCGAAGGAGAGACCAGCACUUCGACUGUUGAAAAUAAAAGUAAGGAUGGCAAGAAGCCAUGGGCCGACGUGCUCAUCGUUAAAUGCCACACAUGCGGAGGAUUAAAACGAUUCCCCGUUCAAGCUCCUCGACAGAAAAGACGGCCUGUACGCGAAAAAGAACAGCAAGAAAAACAAGCAAAGGAGAAACAGAAGACUGGUGUUGUAAUGGGAGAGGGCUGAAUAUAGCCGCAUAACAUCCCUGGCCCUUCUCAUAAACCUAGGACCGUCUAGGACCUCCGCAACUACCUAGCUGCCUAGGUAGCUUUGAUUCACCUUUCCUAAAUAACUAUGGCGCCAUCAUACCCGGGGAAAAAUUCGUGCUCUUUACACGCCCCAUGCAAAAAACGGCAUCACCCGAUAUA